CACCUUAGAAAGUAUACCCAUCAUAUUUUUAACACGGAUAAUGAGGAGCAUGGAUCGGAGUGUGGGAUUGUGUUGGUUGAAAUGUGAUUGUAAAUAGUCUGAAAUAGUCGAGCGAUGUUUGCGGGCAAGGAUUGCGUUCUCCUUCCCAAGUGGGAUUAAAAUAUUUUGUGGUCUAGUGUUGUUGUUGUUUUGUUUCGGGGGUACCUUCUGGAAGAUACAAGAACUUCGGCAUUGGUGCAGCAUCCGACCUGUUAGGAAUCCGUAGUACGCAAAAUGUCCUAUUCGCAACUGCCCACAGACAAUGGGUACGGCUGGUACCAAUGCACGUGCUGCCCGUACGGGUACCAUAUAUACUUGGAUUUCGUCCGGUACUGCGAGAGCAUUGGGCAACAACAGGUGGAAAAGAUGGGUUCGAUCAAGCGACGAAAAGAUCGAAGGAAGCAAAGGCAGUCCAUGGAGGUGCUCCUGGGCCUAACGCCUCCACUAGUGCAGAUGGAAGCAGCCCCCAUGCCGUCCUUGAGGGACCUGGAGAAGUCACCGUUGGAACAAGACAAUGCACUCAGCGAUGCGGUUUCGGAUUUCGAAAGGACGCUGCAGCGCUCCAAAAAUAAACUUUCUAAUAAUUUGCCUGAUGUGACAGCUGUAUCAGAGCGGAGGCUGCCGGCCGUCUCCUCUAUGGGUACAUCCGGAUCGAGCAUGGCAAUCUUGCAUCCCGCCGGUAAUGGCAGCAAAGACUUCGAGCAGGUCGAGUCCUGCGGCCUCAGCCCCGCCGCCCUCCAGAACAUCCGGACUCAAAUGGCAUUGAGCUUAGAGCGCACUAAGGAACUGGAGGAAAUGGUCAAAAUGGUCCCUUCCUUGCAGGUGCAGUUGACGGAACUGAAAGAAGAGAACGAGCAGCUAGUAUCGAAGCUGCGCGCCGAGGAGGAUUCGAAAUUGAACCGUUUUAACUCGAAUUAUUUAUUUAAUCAUUUCGCAAGGAAUCGAUCUCAUUCGUUUUCUAAUGAUCCACUUGGCGGGGACAGCAAACAACAACCGCCGCCACCUCCGCCCCCGAGACGCGACUUCGGCGUGAUGGCAGGCGUCAUUACGAGGAACGUUGGAGUUGGUCAUCAAGCACCACACACGAAGACGGUGUCCACCGACACCCAGCCUGAACAGUACACGGAUCGGUGGUUUUUGGAGAAAAAUAAAUUCCUGAACGGGCCGGAAAGUAAACAGAACAUCUACACAAGUAAGGCUACACAGACCAUCGUACCCAAGGAGAAACGCGAAGCCCACGUGCAAACAACUGAUCCAAGGCCAAUCUUAAAGGAUUUUUCAACCCAAACCGCCGUUAAAGUAUUUAGCGACAUCGGCGUCAACGCCACAACUAGGACAUUAGAGACAGGUAUCCAGCAUAGUCCGGCCACUCGCACAGUUGCCGUUUCAGAUGACACCAUCAUCGACGCAAUCUGCGCGAAAUGCAGCGAGCUCGGGAACACCACGUCCACAUCCAUAUCUCUAGCAGCUCUGUCAGUGCCCCGCAGCAAAUCAUUCCAUCUAGGCGAAGCGAAACUGAGCCGCAGCCGGACAAUCGGUUGCCAGUAUGACCAAGGCUUGUGCAUAAACUCCUCCAACAAAUCGACCCAAUCAGAAAUUAAAACGGCAUCAAAACAGAGUCAGCACGAAUGCACACAAUCGAAUAAAGGUAGUCAAUACGAGAGCAGCUCGCAUUCGAAAUGUACCGACACGAAGGGCCUGAUUGAGAUGAAACACAAGUCCGUGGAUAAUCAGGCGGAGACGGUGGAAGUCGCCUGCAACACGAUCAGCGAGGAGGCAGCCAAGAAGGAAGAGUCGGUGACACCGUCCAGAAUACCCAGGCCGCAAAUACCCACGACACCGGUGGAAAAUAGAAAGUUCAAACGGCAGGAUACUUACACGAAAAUACCGGCCGUCCCAGACAAAUCACCAGUAGGACUCAGUGCAUUAGAAUUGGUGCCGACGAAAACAAUCGCAUCCGACGUAACUAUUUUCUCCGAGAAGGUCAGCCCGAAAUACCAACAGGCUGAGUCUUCCGCCAAAAAUGAUGAACUGGAAGACAAGAAUCAACCCUCGGUCUCGGAGAACUCACUAUGCCAACCGCCCAGCUUAAGGAAAAAAUCAUCGCCAAGCCGUGAAAUGCAAGCUGCAUUGAAAGUGCUGAACGAUUCGAUUCAAAAGAAGGGCAAAGACACGCGGGGACAUUUAAAAAACGCAUUCGCCAUCAUCCAGACAGAAUGGUUCAAGGUGUCGAGCAUUGUGGAUGCGGACCCCGCAGAUGUGGAGGAUUACCUGGACUGUUUCGAAGACAUAUCAUCAGCCCUUCUCGAGUAUAUCGUUAACAUGGUAGACGCGAGCGGCAAUACGGCUAUGCACUACGCUGUGUCGCACGGCAACUUCGACGUCGUGUCGAUACUUUUGGAUUCAAAAGUAUGCGACAUCGACAAGCAAAACACAGCAGGCUAUACCAGCGUGAUGCUGGUAUCCUUAGCUGAGGUGAGAUCGAAGACACAUGCAACUGUCGUCCGAAAGCUGUUUUCGUUGGCGGAUGUAAACAUCAGGGCAACACAACACGGACAAACCGCUUUGAUGUUGGCUGUGAGCCAUGGCCGAGUCGACAUGGUCUCAUUGCUCCUUGAUGCAGGUGCUGAUAUAAAUAUACGUGAUGAUGACGGAAGCACAGCACUGAUGUGCGCCGCGGAACACGGCCACAUUGAUAUCGUAAAGCUCUUCCUCAGCCAUCCCGACUGUGACUCAUCCAUUGCAGAUGUCGACGGCAGCAGUGCAUUGAAGAUCGCUAUGGAGGCAGGUCACCGUAACAUCGGUAUCCUGCUAUACGCGCACGAAAGGAACAUCCAUGGAGGAGCACCCCUCAGGCCAAAGAAGUCGAAAUCCGCGAGCCCCAAGACGCCCUCUUCCCCGCUCCUCCAACACAGCGGUAACCGCUCUUUACCCAUCACCAAGACUAACUACUAACUAUGAAUAGAAUAGAAGACCCGUUUCCAUUCUAACUGUGGACCAUCCGACGAGAAUACUUGCUCCAUAUUUAUUAUGCCAGUUCCAACGAACUCAACAUAUAUAUAUCUACAUAUAUCUAAAUCCGUACUUAUCUCCACUACUUUUUUAUACAUAUAUAUAUCAUAUACACCUUUGAAAACUGAACCUUUUAUAUAAAUAUAUUUAUAAACGUUAAUGUUUGAAGUACAUUCCAGAGUUACGACUAACAAGUUAAUAAUAAUAAUUUAUUAAUCAAAAUAACGACAAAUAAUGAUUUGUUCUUGUUUUAUCAUUUGAUGUAUGAAAAGCGUUAUGAAUAACAAUAAUAUUAAAGAAGUCAAAAGUUUGUGAUACAAUCUCAAUAAAAGAGAGGGUGCGUAGGCGUAUAACAAUAAGAUCAUGGCGUUUCCA